GUAACUUCCAUUUUCUCUAUAAAUAGGCGCGAUCGAGGCCUUAACUCGUCGUGCCGUUGAGUUCCGCCAAUCUAGAGGUCUGGUCCGCUCAACAUCCGCUCUCUUUAUCUAAACCAAAGACUCAGAUCCGCUCGGAAUUCUUUGUCCAGCACGUUAGAAUGGAGACUUUUCUAUUCACAUCUGAGUCUGUCAACGAGGGUCACCCCGACAAGCUGUGUGACCAGAUCUCUGAUGCUGUGCUGGAUGCCUGCCUUGCCCAGGACCCUGACAGCAAGGUUGCCUGUGAAACAUGCUCUAAGACUAACAUGGUCAUGGUCUUUGGAGAGAUUACCACCAAAGCCGAUGUAGACUAUGAGAAGAUUGUCCGUGAUACUUGCCGCUCCAUUGGAUUUGUUUCUGAUGAUGUGGGUCUUGAUGCUGACAACUGCAAGGUCCUAGUCAAUAUUGAGCAGCAGAGUCCUGAUAUAGCCCAGGGUGUCCAUGGCCACUUCACGAAGCGCCCGGAAGACGUUGGAGCUGGUGACCAGGGCCAUAUGUUUGGUUAUGCCACCGAUGAAACCCCAGAAUUCAUGCCUCUUAGCCAUGUCCUUGCAACUAAGCUUGGAGCACGUCUUACCGAGGUUAGGAAGAAUGGUACCUGCGCCUGGCUAAGACCUGAUGGUAAAACCCAGGUUACUGUUGAAUACUACGACGAUAAUGGUGCUAUGGUUCCAGUGCGUGUUCACACCGUCCUCAUCUCCACCCAGCAUGACGAGACUGUUACCAAUGAUGAAAUUGCCGCUGACCUCAAAGAGCAUGUUAUCAAGCCCGUCAUUCCUGAGAAGUAUCUUGAUGAGAAGACAAUCUUCCACCUCAACCCAUCUGGCCGCUUUGUCAUUGGUGGUCCUCAUGGUGAUGCUGGUCUCACUGGUCGUAAGAUCAUUAUCGACACUUAUGGUGGUUGGGGAGCCCAUGGCGGUGGUGCUUUCUCAGGAAAGGACCCAACCAAGGUGGACCGGAGUGGUGCUUACAUUGUAAGGCAGGCUGCCAAGAGCAUUGUAGCAAAUGGCCUUGCUCGUAGGUGCCUUGUGCAGGUCUCCUACGCUAUUGGUGUGCCCGAGCCUUUGUCUGUCUUUGUCAACAGCUACGGAACUGGAAAGAUUCCAGACAAGGAAAUCCUCCAAAUAGUGAAGGAGAACUUUGAUUUCAGGCCUGGUAUGAUCACCAUCAACCUGGACCUCAAGAGAGGUGGCAAUGGACGUUUCUUGAAGACGGCUGCCUAUGGACAUUUUGGAAGGGACGACCCGGACUUCACCUGGGAAAUUGUGAAGCCCCUUAAAUGGGAAAAGCCCCAAUCUUGAACUCGAGCUUUGCCAUGCCCCUGCUGCUCAGUACUUGCUCAUCCAUCCAAGGCACCGAAUAAUCUGUAUUUUCGUAGCUCCUGCCGCAUAAGCCCCUGGCAUUCCUCGACAUAUCUAAUCUCAUACAUAUGAUGCCCCUAUUGAUUGUCAUUUUCUUUUCUGUUUGUUCUUUUUACCAUGUUCGUUUUGAUUAAUGAUGUGAGUGUCGGUGUUGCAAAAAUGUAUGAGAAUUUUACUUAUAUUGAUGGCACUAGAAU